GGAUCAGUCACAGGUUGGCCUCAAUGGUCUUGGAGGUCUUUUCCAAUCUCAGUGAUUCUGGGAUUCCAUUCUAUAAACUGUAUUUACCAUGCAUCUCCCAGCUGUGGUGUAUCGGGAUGGGCAGCAUGAUCUCUGAGCCACAAAAAUGCAAAUUCAAGGGAGUCCUUCUCCCACGGGGAUUUCCAGCUGGUCCUGGUGAGGUGGGGGUGUGUACCCAGUCUCACUGUUGCUUUGUCACUGUUGCAGGAGCCGUGGGAGCAGGAUGCUGCCAGACGUCGUGGUACUGCUGCUGAUGCUGGGGAUGAUGGUGAUGGUUCUGGGCCCUCGCUCAGCCACAGGCGGCGGCGUGGGGGGCUACGCUCAAGUCAAGUACAUGCAGCCCAUGGUGAAGGGACCCCUGGGACCUCCGUUCCGUGAAGGCAAAGGGCAGUACCUGGGUAAGGGAUGUACUCUGUGGGACUGUGGGAGGACACGGGGCAGUGGGGAGGGGACAUGGCACCUCAGAGCAGUUGUCAUCCUCUACCCUCAGGGUCAGAACUCCUGGGAGCUGCCUGGCACAGCUGCAGGUGCUGCUGUCCAAAACACUUUGGGCCAAGCAUGGAGGGACCAUGGGGACGUGGGGCCGAGCGGGCCCCCGGGAAUGCCGGGGAUGCGUGGAGACCAGGGCCCGAACGGCUUCGCGGGGAAGCCGGGGGUGCCGGGAGAAAGGGGCCUGCCCGGGUCACUGGGACCUCCCGGCCCAACGGGCCCCAAAGGUGAACCAGGGUUCAUCGGCCUUCCGGGGGUGCCUGGAUUGACGGGUGGCCCCGGGCCCAAAGGGGACGGUGGGAUCCCGGGGCAGCCGGGGCUGAGGGGCCCCUCCGGCAUCCCGGGAUUGCAAGGACCUGCUGGUCCCAUGGGGCCUCAGGGGUUACCUGGCUUGAAAGGGGAGCCCGGUCUCCCUGGCAUUCCCGGUGAGGGGAAGACCGGCGAGCCUGGCAUGGCUGGACCUAUCGGCCCGCCUGGAAUGCCGGGAACACCGGGGCUGAACGGGCCACCAGGCCCACCGGGGCCACCUGGGCCACCAGGAGCGCCCGGGGUGCUGGACGAGACGGGCAUCGCAGGGCUGCACCUGCCAGACGGUGGCGUGGAGGGAGCUGUGCUGGGCAACGGGAAGCCGGGCAAGCCUCAGUAUGGCCGUGGAGAGCUUGCUGCCCGCAUCGCCCCGGCCUUCACUGCCAUCCUCACCUCCCCGUUCCCCGCAUCCGGCAUGCCCGUCAAGUUUGACCGGACCUUGUAUAAUGGACACAAUGGCUACAACCCAGUCACCGGGAUCUUCACCUGCCCCAUAUCUGGAAUCUACUACUUUGCCUACCAUGUGCACGUCAAAGGGACCAACGUUUGGGUGGCAUUGUAUAAGAACAACGUGCCGGCCACCUACACCUAUGAUGAGUACAAAAAGGGGUACCUGGACCAGGCCUCGGGCAGUGCUGUGCUUGAACUCAAGGAGAAUGACCAGGUCUGGGUACAAAUGCCCUCGGACCAGGCCAAUGGGCUGUACUCCACGGAAUACAUCCACUCCUCCUUCUCUGGGUUCCUGCUCUGCCCCACAUAACGGCUGUUGGGCACUUUUCCUUUUCACCCACUUUAGCCAUAAACUGUCUUCUCUUUUUUUUUUUAUAAAAAAGUGUUUUAAAAUUAAUGCAAAAAAGAAAAAUCACUGGGAAGAACGCGCAAGACAUUGUCAUGAGACCUUGCUUCACGCUGUUUGAUCCAGGAGUCGAGAGUAAUUGGGAAGGAGACAUCUAUCCAUGUACCUUUCUUUUUGGGGGGGAGGGAGAAGGGAGGGAGGGGAGCAACUUCCUCAACAAAGCACAUUUGGAAUAAAUACCCCAGUGAAUGGACAUCAAACACAGGAACACACUUGGGAUGGCAAGGAUCUGGCUGUGUGACCCAGAGAGGGUCAGCUGGAAGACCAGACCCCUGUGGUCUGUAUCAAGUGCCCUCAUUUCCCAUUUGGAAUGCUAGAUAAAUAAAUCCAGCUGUGUCAUGGCUGGCAUGUUUGGUAACCAACGCAGGGUCCCGGGCACUUACACAGAUCCGUACAGCAGCAGGGAUCCACGCUGGAUUGAGAAAUUUCCUUCCAAACCAUAAGAUGCCCAAGUUUCAGGCUCGCUGACACCUGUUUUUCCAGACUGUGCUUUGGGGCAGUCUCUCCAAUUCACUCCGGAUUCAGUAUGGUUGGAUUUAUAAUCCUAAAGAGUGGAACACUUUGCAUAAGCACCUUCUUCUAAGAAGUAAAUAUUAUUUUUAACCCUCCCCCCCAGCACCUUUAGGAAUAAAAUCAUCCAGGCACUGGUACCUGGGAGGAUGCCACGACCGGUUGCAGGCAGUGAGGGAAGCUGGGACCCUCAUGAUGAACAACGAUCUGCUCUCUCCAUUCACCUGCUGGGAAGUCCAAGGGCUGGUCCUGUCCUGUCUGUCUCUGCAGCCCAAAGACUUGCUUGGCCUCAGGAGCAUCUCUGCUCACAUAAGGAUGGCAAUGUGAGGCCAGCUCACGGUGCUGCCAGCUGGUGUGACAUAAGGAAGUGCCACUGAUGGACAACUUGCUUUUCUUGUCUCACUAUUUUGGGAUGUGUGAACUCUUGCAUUGGUGUCCCCCCUUUCUCUGGGGAUCUUGGAAUUAAGAAAAAAUAGUGCUGGUUCUAACUUUCCAAGCAGUGAUUUCACCAUGGUGCUAAGACCCAUUUAAGAACAUCAUUUACAAGUGUAGUGCAAUACGUACCUGUGACAGGGCACCAGCCCUGGGGCCACUCCGUGACUUAGGUUGCCUGUCGUUACCACUUUGUCUCUCUAAUGCUUGGAGCAUUACUGACCUGAGCAUGAGCUACAGAGCUCUAGGCCAGGCAUGAUGACACUGCCCCACACAGAUCUUGUGGCUCUGCAGGUUUUGUUAAAGUAGAGCAGUCACUGCCACUUCCAGGACAGGGAUGCUGCACAUCCCAGGCCAGGAGCAUGCUGCUGCAGUCAAUCCAUGUGCAUAUUCCACUGCAUGUCCCUCUGCAAAGGCACAUCCCUGAGAAACAGCAACAAUUUGGUCACCAGCUCUGAGCUUUGCAUUUUCCUAAAGCCUGUCUGAUGGCCAAAGAAAUGCAGUAAGACUGGGACUGGGCUUGUUUCCAGAUGGACUCUUGAGAUAUUUAAACAACUUUUCCUAUUUCCGUUUUGCUUGUUUGUUUUCUCCUCAAGCCUGUCCUGUGUUUCUGUCUCUUGCCAUUCAGGCCUUCCUUUUAAAAACUCACCUAUCCCUGAAAUUAAGAAACACAAGAAGGAAAUUUGCAGUUGGAAGGCCAGUGCUCUGGGCACUGCCUGUUGGGACUGUGUGUCCCCUCCCUGUGAAUUUCUCUCCUUAAAGCUGCAAGUUUCAUGCAGAGAUGAAACUCCUCAAGCUGAAAGGUGUCUGAUCCCACUGGACGUUUUUAACUCCUGAGAGCAGGGUCAGGACCAUUUGGGUUGUGGUCCUAACAGGUUAUUUCCCAGCAGGAACAGGAACAGUCCCUAAAAUUAAAAGUGGAAGCUUAGAUGAUUUUUCCAAGCCCAGGUUUGGUAAGGGAGGGUUCUGGGAGGGGAUUUGUCUCCUUUUCUGUGGAGAACAGAGGGAUUUGAGCUGGUCCAGCCUUGCACAGGGCCAGGAGCUGCCACGCCUGGUGGGAGCUUCAUGCUGCUCCUCAAAGCGACUUAUUUAUACUGUGCCUAAUCUACAGCCCAUCUCUUCUUGUUCUGUUCUGCUUCAUUCCAGACUUCUUGUUCAAGCUGGCAAAAAGCAACAACCAAACUUCUCACUGUAACCACCCCCAUAUUGAGUUUGUGCUGUAGAUACUGUUUUGUAAUUCCACUUUCCCUUCACGUGCAGAGCGAACCCAUAACCACCCCUCACAGCUAUUUAACCUCUUACAUUUACACACUAAUGGAAAGCAAAGAUAUUACACGCACAUAGUUAGGCUAAAAAAAAAAAAAAAGAUGCACAGGAUGAGGGAGGCUGUUCACUCUUCCGAAGGGGUUUUUUUCUGGAAUACUGAGUACAUAUUAGCCAGCAGAAAGGAUUAUUUUCUGUUGUGUGUGUGAGCGCAUGGGAUUUUGGUUUCAAUCACAAGAAUAAAAAAGGUUGGGUUGGAUGAGGUAUGUCUAUUUUUAAUGCUGAAAACUGCAUUAGUUGUGCAUUUUUAUAUACAAAUUCUUACUAUUUUUUUUUAAAUUUGCCUCUAGUAUCUUCAUUUUUAACCUAGUAUAUAGAGGUUUUUAGUUUUGUAAAUACUUACUACAUGCACUGUCCUAGUAAAAGUUGGUUUAAAAUGCACUCUUUGUGACCCAAAACUGACCUGCUCUUCACAACUAAAACUGCAGUACUUGAUUGUAUUGACAAACAUCAAUAAAACUUACUGUAUAGAGGGUGGGCUCA